AUGGAAACAAAGAAACCAAGAUUAUCAGUAAUGACUCAAGAAGUAUGGGUUGUUCCAUUUUUUGGGAAGGGCCAUCUCCUACCGACUGUGGAACUUUGCAAACACGUAGCAUCAAGAAACUUCAAAACCAUUCUUAUCAUUCCCUCUAACCUCUCCUCCAACAUCCCUUCCUCUCUUCACCAAUAUCCACUUCUUGAAAUAGCUGAAUUACCCUCUUCUCCACCACCUUUGCAGCAGCCAGGACCCGACCCGCUUUUCCCUCCCCAUAAGCACCACAACCAGAUGGCACAAGGCCUUGAAAACCUCAUUUCAACUCGGUCACAAUACCCGGAGUCAAGACUACCCGUUUGCGUUAUUGUUGAUGUAAUGAUGGACUGGACUCUUGAAAUUUUUGAAAAGUUUGAGGUUCCAACCAUUGGGUUUUUUACAUCUGGUGCUUGCUCAGCAGCCAUGGAGUAUGCGAUGUGGAAGGUCAACCUGGAGGAUUUGAAGCCCGGGGAGAUCCGUUUACUUCCUGGAUUACCGCAAGAAAUGGCCCUUACAGACUCCGACCUUAAAAGUAGGCCCCAUAGGCCCCAUGGGCCUCCGGGUGGUAGAGGAGGUCCACCUGGCUUGGGUGGACCACCAGGUCCAAUGGGUGGUUUUCCUAGACCACCAGGCGGUAUCGACCCCCCUAAAAUGAUGGGCCCACCAAAGCCCGGUGCCCCACCACCGUGGUUAGAGGAAGUCAAGGGCUCGAUCGCAUACAUGAUCAAUACAUGUGAUGAUCUUGAACAUCCAUUUAUUCAAUAUUUAGCUGUUCAAAUUGAAAAACCAAUUUGGAGUGUUGGUCCGUUAUUACCCGAACUCUAUUGGAAAUCAGUCGAUUCACUUCUUCGUGAUCAUGAAAUUCGAACCGAUCCGCGGUCUAAUGAUAUCACCGAAGAGGAGGUGGUGGAAUGGUUAGAUUCAAAGCCCCCCGGUUCAGUGGUAUAUGUGUCGUUUGGCAGUGAAGUCGGUCCUGAAAUGGAGGAGUGUUCACAUUUGGCGGAUGCACUGGAAGCAUCAAACCGACCAUUUAUUUGGGUGAUCCAACCUGGUUCGGGAAGACCGGGUCCACCGCCACAAUUCUUAGAGGGUCAACCUAGUGCAGAGGCUGAGGAAAGUUAUUUUCCUCAAGAUUUGGACAAAAGGGUAGGUGAAAAGGGUAUGAUAAUACUUGGAUGGGCACCACAAUUACUGAUACUAAGCCAUCCAUCAACAGGAGGAUUUUUAUCACAUUGUGGAUGGAACUCCACCGUAGAAGCUAUCGGGCGUGGAGUCCCCAUUUUAGCAUGGCCUAUUAGAGGUGACCAAAUGUAUAAUGCCAAAUUGAUAGUGAAACAUCUCAAAGUUGGAUGCAUGAUUUCUGAUGAUUUCUCACAAUUGAGACAGAAAGACGAUAUAAUCAAGGGAAUAGAGAAUCUGUUGGGAGAUGAAGUUUUCAAGAAUAGGGCAGCAUCGCUUAGUGCUAAAUUUAAGCAUGGAUUUCCAGCGAGCUCAGUGGAUUCUUUGGAUGCCUUCAGAGAUUUCAUUAACCAAAAAGCAGUUGUUUGA